GUCAGGCUCCGGGUCUGUCAGCUGCCUGAUCCUCACAGAACACCGUACCCUCCGAGGACUAGACACCGCCUGCACUCGAGAGUACACCACCCCGAGCUGUCACACCAGAUUCAGGACCGCAGGCGCCCACAACUCCGCGCGGGAAACCAUCGCAACCAUCAACACGGAACCUUGAGGGGGCAGCAAAAGCAGCGUCAUCGUCACACUCCGUGUAGUUCCCAGACAGGAGCCAGCAGUUUAGUCGCGGAUUCAAAAACACAACACAAGGCGGGCAAGCCCGGUAGCAUACGGACCAAAGAUGAAAACAGCAACAGCGAUGCGCACGACGGCGUGCGCGGCGUGCUGCGGUCUCGCGGGCGUCGGGGCUUUCCUGUCGGCCCCCUCCACGAGCAUCGUCUCCUCGCGAAACAACCCACACACGUCGUCGCCGUGGGGAAACUCCGCAUUAUCUUCCCCGCUAAGCUUAGUCGGGGGAGGCUCGGGAAACGCGCGCGCGUCGGUGUGUCCAUCACCGGACGGCGACGGGGAGGGGGAAAGUCGACGAGAUGCUGCUGUUAAGGGCGGGGUUCGACGGCAUGGCGGGGGCGGGGGCGGGGGCAGCGGCGGCAGGCGUCACCGCGCGGCCACCCUGGGGAACUUGGACUUGAAGCCGGCCUACCGAUUGUUCGACACCGUACCGCCGCCGCCGUCCACGGACGCGACGGUGCGGAAGAGCGACGACAUCGACCUCGACGUCGACGGUGACGCCCCCUACGAUAUCGACCCGUUCAAGCUGGCGAGCGAAGACCUGUCGCCGUUCACCGAUACCAUCAAGGAGCUGGUCGAGUCGGAGCACCCGGUGCUGUCCAUGGCCGCGAAGCACUUCUUCGAGAAGCGCCACGGGAAACGCUUCCGCCCGACCAUCGUCGCGCUCAUGGCGCUGGCGACGUGCGACAAGCCAAUGGAGGCGCACAGAGACAGCGAAGAGUACACACGGCAGGGGCAGUUGGGACAGAUCACGGAGAUGAUCCACGUUGCGUCUUUGAUCCACGACGACGUUCUCGACGAGGCGGAGGUCAGGAGGGGCGGGAUGGCUGUCCACAAGCUGUACAGCAACAAGGUGGCGGUGUUGGCCGGGGACUACCUCCUGGCUCGGGCGUCGGUGUUGCUGGCGAGACUUGGGGACGUCCAGGUGGUCGAGAUCAUGGCCACGGCGCUGGACAGCCUGGUGCAGGGAGAGAUCAUGCAGCUGAAGAUGGACCCCGACAAGCUGCUGGACAUCUCCCUCUACCUUCGGAAGAGCUAUUACAAGACGGCGAGCCUCAUCACCAACGCGUGCAAGUCAUGCGCGAUCCUUGGGGGACACGAGUUCGACAGUGACGUGGCCACUGCGGCGGAGGAGUACGGGUACCACAUGGGGCUUGCGUUCCAGAUCGUGGACGACAUCCUCGACAUCGUGGGGGCUGCAGAUGUCCUGGGAAAGCCGGCUAUGGCGGACAUGUCGCUGGGGCUCGCGACUGCGCCCAUCCUCUACGCCGCGGAAAACGCGCCGGAGAUCAAGAAGAUCGUCAAGCGCAGAUUUAAGAAAGAGGGGGACAAGGAGAAGGCCUUGAAGGCUGUGCUCGCUGGGGACGCGGUUGCAAGGUCGAGAGAGCUAGCGCGGUGGCAUGCACAGAGAGCCGUUGACGCUGUGUUGAGGCUGCCGCCCUCGGAGGCACGCAACGGACUCGUCAACAUCUGCCAUAUCGUCCUCACUAGGAACAAGUAAUAAAGGAUUAAAAAAAAAAGUGGGGUGGGGUGUAGACGGAGCAGGCCACGGCUCUUCUUCGCAAACCUCGACAGGGCGUUGUUUGGAACCAGUUGCUGCUUCUGGAAAAUAGUCUCGUCUCGUCGGACUCGUCUGUUUUAGCUCCCCCUUCUUAAUUUUGGUUGCCCGUGAGGUGGUCGGACGACGCGGCGGGCGUGCGGUUUAGAGUGCGGCGACAGGGCGGGCGGGGGGGGGGUGGUCGUGUCUCUCCAGCUGCAAGCGGUCUCAAGUGAUUCGAAUUUUUGUGCUGCUCCGAGUUUUCUGCUGGAGGCCUGUUGGUUAUGACGGCGAAAUUUCGACAAAAAUGACAACAGGAAAAGCUUCCGUGCUGCUGUAAGACGUGAAACGAACGGCGUGACACGGGUUGGAAUAUUCGGCAACCGUUGCACGGCGUGGCGGGCCAAAUAGGGAAAAAUAUCGGGGUCCCCGACAGGUCGUCCCACUCGAUGGGCGUCGACCGCAAGUUAUCACAACGGGUUGAAGUGUUCUGUGUGUUCAAGACUGAAGAAUAGCAUUUUGCGAACUGCCUUGACCCCUCCCCUUCCCCUUCCUCGAGCAUGAUUGGCCUUGGUUCGUCUAAUGACACGCUCCGUUUGAGGGAACGUUUUUUUUUGUGGACCGUGCGUGCUGUCCGAAAAAAAAUCGUGCAUGCAUACAUGAAUGACGUUGUGCACUUGACUUUCGUGGGCGCUAGUUACGGUAGCGCGGACAAAAAAGGAAAGCUCGCAGAUCUCGCUGCUGUUAGGGUCCCUCCCCAAGAGAAGCUCCCGAUUGAGGCGGGAGAGAGGGGGAUUGUAUUGCUGCAGGGAAUUGAAGCCCACUUUGUUGUGAUGGCAUGGAUUGGGGCUGUUGGAGGUCGCGUAACAUGCGCAAUCACUGGAGUAGAAUCAUGCCUGCUUGCUUCAUGUAGUCGUGGCGGAGAAAUCACGAGAGCGGCUUUAGCACGGGUUUGGUUCUGCGGGAGGAUGGGGAAUGCGCGGGGUAAAUCGCUCCAUAUGGUGGAGGGGCGAGUUACGUAGCGUUGCUGCUCCGCUUGUACAGGUGUUUUAGGGGUUUAAGAAAGCUUUUUUUGAUUGUCUUUGGUUUCUCGACGGUCGUGGUGGGAGUGGGAGGGAGGUGUAUACAUUCUGAGUAGUCUCGAUCUGUCGAGUUGCUCGACAAGUUCUGCGUCGAAUGCCAAUGUCACCUGGUUGAUGACCGAAGUCGGGCAAGACAGUUCGCGUGACAUUUGUUUGAAGUUGAAAGGCGGCCUUCCGGCCGGCGUAGCUGGGUGUCGGAAGUGUUGCGAUUGGCUGGACCCUCGCGAAGUUUCAUGUGUGCGUGUAGCCGUGUGCGUUUUGGAGUAGUUGCGUGUGACGUGGUCGAGAAAGGGAGCAAGGCCUGUUCCGAACGGUCCGUCGCCUGGUAAUGGUGUUGAGAAGUUGCCCUGCCAGGGCGUGACGGGCGUUACAUGGUGGCCGCCGUCCCUACCUGCCGCAUCGUUAACAAUACUUUUUGUGUGAUAACAAUAACACUCUUGUGUGUAACAACACCUUUGUGUAACACUUGUUGUGCGUCAACAUGACACAAAAUUCUCGUGCGGUGACACGGCACCGGCAACCAAGCGGAGAUGACCCUUCCUCGGAGAUGACGCACAUGAUGUGUAGUGCAGCACGUCCCGUGUUUUGGGCAAGCAAGGUUUUCGAUGAGAGUGAUGUAGCAAAACGGGGGGCGCCGAAAGCAUCUUGUCCUGCUGGGAUGGGGGGGGUAAGGGCGAGAGAUGCACCCAAGACCCCCGUGAUUCUGUUGUGCGGACAUGAACGAGACAAGGAUUUUUUAGGAACCGAACAUUGUAUGUAUCAAAGAGAGGCUGCACUUUCGAGAACAAAACACAGUCGGAGGCCAUGGGUUGAAGGAUUUUCUGCAGGAAAGAGAAAGGGGAGAAACAACCUCUCCCCCGCCCACGCUGGUCCAGUAGUGGUUUCGGUGUAAUGCCGGUGCGAUCCAGCCGAUUGCACUGACCGGCAAAAUCGCGGGCAACUGGCAUUGUGGCGAGUAUGAAACAACCUGGAACAUUCCGUGUGUCGAUUUAAUCGGCAAUAUAACCGGACCUGAAGUUGCGGCAAACACGGUGUAAGUAGGGCUACGAGGUGGUGUGACGUGCUUCGUAAGGACAAAAAAAACAUUUGGAUGGGUAGAACUUCGAACGUU